CACCGUUUCCCAGCCCUAGUUGAUUGGGCUAGCAAGUCUCAAAUUUAAGAUAAAAUUCAUCCAACUGAAUUUGGAUUAUUGACAUCAUCUUUCUUUUUAUAUUUUAUUUGUCCUCCCUUCCAUUGUACUACAAAUUGAAUUAUUAUAUUUUUUGAGAAUAAUUAAAUUGGAUUUAAAAAAAAUUGAAUCUUGUGGUAAAAAUUCCAAUUGUUGUGAUUAAUUAGUUCUCCAACAAUCCCUAUAAAAAAAAAAAAAUAGUUCUCCAACAAUCCACCAAGUCUCCAACCCCUGGUAAUAAACGUCUUAGAGGCACUCAAUUCCCUCUUCUAGGAUUGGGCCUCCAAACAUUAGGCCAGAGCCCUUUCGCCUGAGACGGGCCUUCACUCCGGCCCAGAGUCCCUAUUUUAAUUCGGCCUUGCCGCUAUUUUGUUUCUUGGCGGGAACAGGGGAAGCAAGCCAAACAGAGCAGUUAUGAAGAAUUUGAUAAUGCGGAUUGAGGAAGGAAUAAAAACACAAACAACGAGUUUUACGUGGUAUCCGACAUGAACAAGUCUAAUUUAUAUUGAGUUCGAAAAAGUUCAUGACUGACGUUUUAUUAUAGGACUACCGAAUAUAUUAUGACAGCUUAUUUAUGAUAAUUUUAUAAUUAGACUUAUAUAAAAACAGACGCUACUCGUUAAGAUUAAAACCGUAAUGACAACUAAGUUUCCUUCUCUUACCGCCACAAGGAAACAAAAACUUUGAUAACGAAGAAUUAAUUAUUUAGACUCACUAAUUAAUAUCCGUAACCGUUGAGGAAUGAAAGAAGUAUUAUUUUUUUGGUAGAAAAAGAAGGAAAAUUUCUACCAAAAAAAAAAAAGAAAAAGAAGGAAUAUUUUAGCCAGUUAUUUAUAUAUUAAAGUUUUCCUUUGGGGCUUCGACUGCUCUCCCCCCCUACUUCUUUCUCCCUCGAGAUUAGGGUUCUUGAUUCUCCCUCUAUUGUUGAAUCAAUCUGCCAAUUACUUGCCAGAGGACUCUCUGCUGUGAUUGUCCCUCUCGCCAUCGUCAGCUUUGGUUCUUAUCCGGCUCGUCAGCGCCAUCUCGUUUUAAUUACAAGCUUUGAAUUCAGCUUCUCUUCUCCGAUUGAUUGAUUGGUUGGCUGGAUAAACCCUAGAAGUAUUUUUUUCCGAAGCUUCUUCGUCUGAUUCUGUGGUGACCGAUGGCUGCUCUAACAGAUACUUUCCUUGCAGACCUUGAAGAGUUAUCCGACAAUGAGCUUGAAACUAUCGAAGAAGAAGAAGAAGAAGAUGGCGAUGUGGCCAACAUGGAAGAAGAUACUGACGGGGAUUUGGCAGGCAUCGAAGCUCUCAAUUACGACAAUCUGGAUUCCGUGUCGAAACUCCAGAAGACACAGAGGUACAAUGAUAUCAUGCAGAAAGUAGAAGAAUCAAUGGUGAAAGGUUCGGGGAUGGUCUUGGAAGAUGAUCCCGAAUACCAGCUGAUUGUGGAUUGUAAUGCGUUGUCCGCGGACAUCGAGAAUGAGAUUGCUAUUAUCUGCGAUUUUAUUCGCGGCAAGUAUAGGUUGAGGUUCCCUGAGCUGGAGUCACUUGUGCACCAUCCGAUUGACUAUGCUCGUGUGGUGAAGCGAAUUGCCAAUGAGUUGGAUUCGACACGCGUUGAUUUAGAAGGCAUUCUGCCCUCGGCUGUCAUUAUGGUUGUUUCAGUGACUGCAUCAACCACAAGUGGUAAACCUCUCCCCGAGGAUGUGCUCCAAGAGACUAUUGAGGCCUGCGAUCGAGCUCUUGCUCUGGAUUCUGCAAAGAAGGAGGUUCUUGAUUUUGUGGAGAGGAGAAUGGGGUACAUUGCACCAAAUCUUUCUGCUAUUGUUGGGAGUGCUGUGGCAGCAAAGCUAAUGGGCACCGCUGGUGGUCUCUCUUCGCUAGCCAAUAUGCCUGCUUGUAGUGUUCAACUUCUUGGAGCUGAAAAGAAAAACCUCGUCGCAGGCUUUUCUACUGCUGCAACAUCUCAAUUUCGUGUGGGCUAUAUUGAGCAAGCCGAGAUAUUUCAGAGCACGCCACCGUCGCUGAGAAUGCGUGCUUGCCGAUUGUUGGCUUCUAAAUCUACGCUUGCAGCCCGUGUAGAUUCCACCAGAGGUGACCCUUGUGGAAAUGUUGGAAGAAAACUGCGCGAAGAAGUUGGCAAGAAAAUUGAGAAGUGGCAAGAGCCGCAUCCUGCCAAGCAACCUAAGCCACUUCCAAUUCCUGAUUCUGGGCCUAAGAAAAAGAGAGGAGGGCGCCGUCUUAGGAAGAUGAAGGAGAGAUAUGCAGUGACAGACGUGCGCAAGCUUGCUGGCAGGAUGCCGUUUGGAGUUCCUGAAGAGAGCUCUCUAGGCGAUGGGUUAGGUGAAGGUUAUGGAAUGCUUGGUCAGGCUGGAAGUGGAAAGCUUCGAGUAGCAGCUGGGCAGAGCAAACUCGCCGCAAAAGUUGCUAAGAAAUUCAAGGUAAGGCAGUUUGGUAGAGGUGGUGCGACUUCAGGGCUGACGUCGAGCCUUGCAUUCACUCCAGUGCAGGGGAUCGAGCUGAGCAAUCCACAAGCUCGUGCACAUCAACUGGGCAGUGGAAUCCAAAGUACAUACUUCUCCGAGACUGGCACGUUUUCGAGGAUCCAGAGGACAUGACAUGCACAGAGGCGCUGGGUAUCAACGUUCAGAAUGUGUAAGAUGGAUCGGAGGCUGAGCUUGAGAGACUUAACAGGAAAUCUUUGUUGAGGAAUUUAAUGACUACCAUAGCUAUUUCUUCCUAAGGCUUAUGUACUGGCCCAGCAUGACGAAUUUUAUGUCACCUCCAUAGCUUAUCCACAUAAUUUCUUGUUAUGAACAUCAUCAGCAUCAUAUGACAUUGUCCUUUCCUUCAAGCUUCUUACCAUAUAGAUACCAUGUCAGCCUCGUCAAGAUCUUCGAUUAACAUUGUCAAGCUAAAUGUGUCAUAUUCGCCAUCUAAGUAGGUGUUUGUAUAAUGUUUGUCAUUGAAUACGUAAUCGAUGACCGGUUUCUGUCACUAGUUAGUUGUGUUAUAAUUCUUAUGAGAUUCCAUUCAGCAGUCAGCUGACAUUCUAUAUCCAUGAAAACAGACCAUCUCCAUGACUCCAUCCUCAUUAAGAACAAAAGUAAACAGCAGUAUGUUCAAAAGUAAAAGAAUUGUGUCAGAUUUUUUUCUCGUCAUGCCAUCCCAAAAUUCAUUUUUGAUCUACUUAGAGUAACAGGAGAAAUAAUGCAAUUAAGUGAAG